CAUACCUUAAUUAAAUUAUCUUUGGUUGAUCAUGAUUCAUUAAUCAGAUAAAGGCAUAAACAAAAGUUAUAUAUAGCAAAAUGAAAUAAAUCAAUAAAGUGAAUACAUACUGAACGAGAUCUUGUUUUAUAAAAACGAUUGCUUAGCGAUGUCGUCGGUGCCAGUAUAUAGUAUGCUGCCGGGAUGGUGCCGCCUCUGUUUGCAGCAAUAUCCGAAUAAAAAACUGGUGAACAUUUUCGGUCGAGAAUUGGAUUUUAAGCGACAAAUACUGGCUGCUGUUGGUGUUAAGACUUAUAGGUCAGAUCUUUCGACGCAAUUAUGCUUUAAUUGUAAAAAUAUGGUUAGCGUGAUUGUCAGUUUCCGACAGUUAUGCCAAGAAACGAAUAAACUUCUGACUAGGAAACCUAUUCUUGAAAGCAGUUGUUGGAAAGACGCAACAGAUGCUAUUACCUACAUUAGUGAAUCUAUUUAUAAAUAUCGUAAUGAUGUUCUUAAUAAGACCGGUUCUUUAGAGAACCCUCUCUCUGAUACCAAAAACCUCGAAAAUGUGCAGCUCCAAAUAAAGCAAGAGAUUAUUUACUUAGAGAAACAAGAAACUGAAAUGAAUGAAAUAUACGAAGAAGAGUCCAUACAAGAAGACUCUAAUCUGGCAUCAGAGAUCACUGAACCUACUGACUCGGGAGAUGAAUCAGAAGAAACCAAUUUAAAGAAAAAAAAAUCUGCCGGAAGUUCGCGCAAAACUACCAAACAAAAUGAAAAAGUCAUGUGCGAUACCUGUGGUCAAAUUAUUUCCCAAGUGUGCCUUGAAGGGCACCUCAAUCGGCACCUUGGAAUAAAACCAUUCGUCUGUGAGAUCGAAGGCUGUGGGCGCCGGCUGCACUCGAAAUAUAGCCUACAACAGCACCGUCAUCUGCACAAGUCAAUCAACCGGUUUUACGAUUGUCAGCACUGUGGCAAGCGAAUCAAAGGAACCAGCUCCUGGCUGCGGCAUAAGAAAAUGCAUACCGAAGAGCCAAAAUUCACCUGCGAAGUCUGCGGCAAAAAAUUCCGACGGGGAAGCAACCUGAAACUUCACUCCGUAGUGCAUACUGGUGUUGCACAGUUUCCAUGUGAAAUUUGUGGCAAACGGUUCACCGUGAAACACAAUCUCGGCGCCCACUACAGAACUCACAAGAAAAAUGGAACUUUUCCACUUGACGUAAGCAGUAUUGAUGAACUACGCCGUUUAAAACAGUAUCAAACUCAGUCUUCAGAAGUGUUGGAGCUAAAUCCGAUAGCACAGAUUGAUUUACCUGAUGACCAAUCUCUACCAGUUGAUUUAGAUAUUACAUAUUGAGUAUUAGAUCAAUGAGUUUGAUGUGAGACAAAGACAAAUUUGGGGUUUGUAAAAUUAAAUUUAUUUCGAACUGAUUAUAUAAAUUGGGGAACCUAACUCUGAUUAUCGAUUUUACUCUACUUAGG